ACGGAAGGAAAGAGGGGACGAUCGUCUCCGGAGCUGAACUUGCCGAAGGACGGAGAGAGAGAGUGAGAGCGAGCGAGCGAGAGAGCUGGUGGUAGAGAAGGAAGGGAGGAAGGAAGCAAGGAAUCCUGAGGAGAUCAUGGCCAGGAGAAAGCUGCUGCUUCUGCUGAAACCACUCGACGCCUACUCGCUCGGCAGCUCCUCAAAUGGCGUCUCUCGUCUCUCCAAUCCUCAGAUUUUGCAUCACCUGGACAGCAGGAAUAAGGUGCACAAGGAUGUCAUAAGCUUCUGCAAGAAUAUCUUGCAAAAGAAAUUUGUGGACUGGGAAGAGAUUUUAAGGGACAAUCUAUGCUAUCCUGUGCGAAACGUGGACGUGGUUGUUACUUUUGGUGGAGAUGGCACUUUGUUGCAUGCUAGUCAUUUCGUUGAUGACUCGAUCCCAAUUCUUGGCGUGAAUUCUGAUCCCACAAAUGCGGAGGAGGUUGAAGAGCACAACAAUGAGUUUGACGCGACACGAAGCACGGGAUACCUAUGUGCAGCAACUGUCAACAAUUUUGAGCAAGUUUUAGAUGACAUUCUCGAGGGUCGAUCAGUUCCUUCAGAAUUAACGAGGCUAUCGGUUCAUGUAAACUCAGAGCUGCUGCCCAUGUAUGCUUUAAAUGACAUAUUGAUUGCCCAUCCAUGUCCUGCUGAAGUUUCCUGGUUCUCAUUCAGAAUUAAGAAAGAAGGCCAGCCUUAUUCCCCGUUAUUGAAUUGCCGAUCAUGUGGUCUUAGGGUAUCAACUGCUACCGGCUCGACAGCUGCAAUGCUAUCUGCAGGUGGGUUCCAGAUGCCCAUCUCGUCUCAUGACCUUCAGUACAUGGUUAGGGAACCGAUCUCACCUGGAGCUGCCUCUAGCCGGAUGUAUGGACUCAUUAAUCCUAAUCAGUCUCUGGACAUUGCGUGGUAUUGCAAAGAAGGUUAUAUAUACGUCGAUGGUUCUCAGGUGCGUUAUUAUAUCAAACAUGGCGAUACCAUCGAGGUAUCUGCCAGGGCCCCCCUUCUGAGGGUCUAUCUGCCUCCUCAUUUACUGGGACAGGGGGGAUCUUAUUUCAGGCGUAACCCUGUUGGAGAGAAACGGGAAUUGUCGAAAAUGUAAAUUAGAACAAUCAGCAGGAUCGGCGUAGAAGAUUGUUUGUACAGGUUUGCAUUUGCAGUUUAGAUCAGGAGAAGCCUGGCCUUUUUGUCUCGAGAAGAGUUGCUCUUUCUAUGUUGAGCCAACUUUGAGAAGCUGAAGAUCACUAGUGCGGGGGCUUUGUUUGAACCGAGUAGUAAUCUGGUGAAGAUUAGGGCAUAAUUCCGAACUACUGUGCGAAAACGGUAAGAUUGAUGUUGUUGGAAGGAGGUGGUACUGGAAAUUCUAGAACCCGUGCAGCCAUAUAAAUUUUUUUUUUUUAUGUUCGUUAGUCUGUCAAGGAAAUGAAAGUAAUGGCCAUAGGAAAGUAACGUGUAUAAUAAUACUGCCAGUGACAGUGAGUGUCAUGUGGUGGGUUGAGUUGAACAAACUCUUAUGUUGACAGGAAGAGAGAUCAGGCUUCGACCCAUGCCGUGUGUACCCAUCUUCUAAUCCUACCCAAUGGUCUAUCCAUGGCAGCAAAUUAUUAUA